UAGGAAGAUGAUGAUGGUGAUGAAUUGAUAUCAUCCAAAUAAAUGGCCUUUUGCUGUAAUCAUAGAAAGAGAAGAGCCAAAUUUCGAUUUAAUUGAAAGUACAAGGUCACAAUAAUAACAACUAUUUUAUCCUCUAAAGUCCCGUCUCUGCCGCCGCCUCCUCCUCCCUCGUCUGAACGUCUCUCCGUCCUCACUCCUUUUACUCCAAUCUCUGGUUGUUCUGUUUGUGCAACCACAAAACUCCUUCCCGAAACGAUGAAAAUAAACCUCCAAAAUUUUCCCUACUUGAAGUCAACGGAUCUUCACUGAGUAAUCAGAUCCCGUCCGUAUUUCAUACCCGCGCCCGUGUCUUGUCGUGUCGCCACGGGCAUUCCCCACAAAAAGGAGAGUCCCGUUAACAGAAGACAGAAUCGCGAGGAUUUCUCCAGUGUACGGACUCAGAGAGAUAAUCUUCGCUUGAAUUGAGUUUGAUAAAGUUUACUCUUUUGGAAAUUUUGAAUUUGUCUUAGAAUUAGAGGAUUUUUAUACUGGAGAAGAAGGAAGGAUGGGCGACGAGGACUUCAAUGGGCAAAUUUUGGCUGAGAAGCUUACCAAACUUAAUAGUUCGCAACAAAGCAUAGAGUGUAUCCUUUCUACUAUAUAGAUGUAGUGUCAUAAAAUCAUUCAAAGCCUCUUGAGGUUUCUGAAUUUUUAGUAUCCGGGUUAUGGAAAGGUUGCAUGAUUUUGUAUGCUUUAUUUAUUUAUUUUUGUUUUUUAAGUUAAGGCAAACUUUACAGAAAAUACUAGACUGAAAUAUCUUGUUUGAAAGUUUAGGCAAUUCAACUUUCAGGAAGUAGAGAUUUCAAUUCAGAAUACUCCCAUGUUCUUGUAAGUGUGAGUGUUUUUUUUUUUUAUUUAUUUUAUUUUAAUUUUAUUUAUUUAUUUUGGGGUUUUCUCCUUUUUGUCUUUUCUUUCUCAAUUUAUGGUAAAUUCAAUUGGGAAUUGGCGUUCACGUAGGAUAUUCUUAAGGAGUGCUGGAAUAUGCGCCCUUUUUUGUAAAGCUGACUGAUAAAUUGAUUCCAUUUUGGUGUUGAGUACUUCCUGUGAUGUCCGGUCUCUUUAUUUUCUAAGCAUUAGACACUUGAAAUCCACUUGGCAUUGAUAAUGUCUUCUAUUUAAACUGGCUACUGUGUAUGGCCUAAGUAAGUCAAUACCUCCUUUCUCCAAGAUCUUUCUGGAAUGCAGUUCUAUCCUUUUGAUAUUUCUUUGGUUGGGGGACCGCUGGGAACCCAGCAGAGAUGGGUAAACCCAUGCCCACUGCAAUAGCCUGCAAGUAUCAAGCCUCCCAUCAUUCUUUUUGGAGGUGGUGGUUGAAUUUAGGACCUCUUCUUUUGAGAGUAAGGGUGGUUUCACCAUUGAACCAACACGUCAUUCAUCCUUUUAGUAUCUAAGCGGCAUAAUCUACAUAUCGGAACAGUUUUUUAAAGUAUAAUUAAUCACUACUUAUCAAGAUUGAUUACUCUUCGGUAUUAUUAUAUGUUGUCACCUCGAAUACACGACAAUCUUGUUGGAAAAUCAUUGUAAGCUAAUCUUCCAUUGCUAGUCCUUGAUAGGAAGGUAACUUUUUUCUGCCUAACAAAACUUUUAAGAUGCGACACGUGAUUUACCAACAUUUGUGUUGUUUUGUUAUUAUUAUCAUUUUUAUUCUUAUUACAUUUGUGUUGGAGUGUACAAUUCUUAACCUUAGUUUUUUGUCAGAUUGAAAAGAUUGUUCCCGUUUAGGGUCUACGUUGGAGUGUACAUUUUGAUAUGUUUAUAUCUGAGCACACGUAAAUGCUUUCAUCAUUUAUAUAUUUAUGCAUUACAUCUUGUUCCAAUUCUUGUUUGACUAUGUAUUUGCAUGGUCAAAUGUGGAAUAUGUGGCACGGAAAACUGUUUUUUUUUAGAUAUCGACAUGGUCUUUAUCGAUAUUGAAAAAUAAUGUGAUAGGUAUUAGAAAGAAUAAGUUAAAAAGUAUACUAUAUGAUAGCCAUAAAAAAUCUGUAAAACCUGUGAUAAAAUGAGUAAGGCUGGCAAUGGGGAUAAUAGUAAAAUCUAUAUUUAUGAGGUUUGGACUUGCACAUACCUAAUGUAAGAUGUAUAUUAAGAUUUUUUUUUUAACCCAAGUAAAAAGGGUUUCUCCCAUAUCCGUUGGGGUUCCUGCUGUUACCCAAAAACGGGGGAGGGAAGAGGAGGAACAGGACAAGUUGAGAAAUAGAUUUUUAUUACUUAUUUGCAUGGUGGGGAAAUAGAGAAGUUCUUAAUGCUGUUCACAUUAUUUUAACUAUGAUUUGGGUAACUGAUUUGCAUGGUUAUGAAAUGGAGUGUGAUUUACAUACUGUUUACCACACCCAAAAUGUUAGUCUUUGACUUUUGUGAAUUUUGGAUUUAUGUGUUGUUCGUGUCUGCUUGUGACGUAUUGCAAUGUUUCUAGGAACUACUUGCUCUAACUUCUGAUGAUGCUGUUAGAAUCAUGCAACUAUCAGUGGAUAUUUCUAAAUUAAUGUCAGUACUCAAUGAAAAAAACCAUUGUUUUUUGAUUCUUUAAAGAUAUUUAUUCAAUAAUGCAGGUAAAACAGUGUUUUUUUUUCAUAAAUUUUAGAAUUCUGUUUUUUUUUUUUUUUUUUUGGGUGGCAUUAUUGUUUUUCAAUUUUUCACUUAACGUCUACUCAGCGUUGUCUCGGUGGUGCAUUACUCACCGGAAGAAAGCUAAACUAAUUGUUGAAACUUGGGAUAAAAUUUUCAAAUCUGCACCACGCGAGCAGCUUGUCUCAUUUCUAUAUUUGGCCAAUGAUAUUCUGCAGAAUAGUAGGCGUAAGGGUAGUGAGUUUGUCAAUGAAUUCUGGAAAUUCCUCCCUGCAGCGUUGAAGAAUGUUUAUGCCAAUGGUGAUGACAGUGGGAAGAAAGCCGCCUCCAGACUGGUUGAAAUUUGGGAGCAAAGAAAAGUUUUUGGAUCAAGGGGUCAAAAUCUUAAAGAUGACAUCCUGGGCAGGAAUCAUCCUCUUCCUCCUAAUCCUCCUGCUCCAACCGUGUCCAAUGGCAAGACCUCAAAUCCUAUUAAAGUUGUGAAGAGAGACACUCAAUUUUUAAGAAUAAAACUAGCUGUCGGAGAUUUGCCAGAAAAAAUUAUUUCUGCAUUUCAAUCAAUGUACGAUGAAAUAGUGAAUGAAGAAGUGGCCUUAAACAAGUGCAGAACUGCAAUUUCCCAGGCUAAAGUACUUGAGAAUGACAUUGAAAGUUCUUCUUCUCAAGGGAACCUGGUGGAUUCUGAUCUGGCAGAAAAGAUACAAGAGCAGGAAAACACGCUGAGGUAUUGUGUUAGUCUACUUGAAAAUGCUGCAGCAACCAGGCUUGCCUUGGCUUUGCAGCUUAAGGAGGCCCUUCAGGAUCAAGAAUCAAAACUGGAGAUUAUCCAGCAUGAACUGCAGGUUGCCCAUGGUCAGUUAGAGCAAGCAGUAUGUGCAAAGCAGAAAUUAUCUUCUCAUUCUGUUUCGCAAGCCCCAGCAGUUAACCCACUUUUUGAGGGAGCAAAGGCUGCAGAAGCAAGCUUGUGUGCUACUAUGUCAUCAAAUACUCCGCUCAUUGCAGUCCAUCCUUCACCUAGCUUGCCUUCUACAAUGUCAACAAAUGCUCCGCCUAUUCCGCCAGUCCUUCCCCCUGCUUUUUCUUCAAAACUCAAUGAAGAGGAUAGCAAGAAGGCUAUGGCGGCUGCUGUUGCAGCAAAACUUACUGCCUCUACAUCCUCGGCACAGAUGCUUACCUCGGUCCUAUCAUCCCUUGCUGCAGAAGAAGUUGCUUAUGGCUUGAAUUCUACUAGAUCCUCAUCCAGUUUACCUUUUUUUGGUUCUCCCGAGAAAAGGCUGAAAUUGGAUGAACAUGUGUCUGGUUCUGAUGUGGAACAUUAUGAGGAAAAUCAUUCUACAUUUUUUGCUUCCAUGCAACAGAAUGUGAAUAUUGUUCCUGUUGCUCCUUCCAAUGGCAUCCAACAUGUAUCCCAAGGAAUACCAAUUCCACCAUUUGCCCACCAGCAAGCACCUCCAUCUAUACCUCCCGCGAGCUCUGCUGCUUCUCAAAUAGGCCAAUCAGCUGCUAUGAUGGCAGGUGUUAUGCCUUAUGGCUAUGCCACCGGUAACCUUCCUCUACCUCCACCUCCACCUUCCCAUCUUCAAUUGGGAUUUGCUAGGCCUGCUUCUGCACAGAAUCUGCAAGCACCACCACAGCAACUUCCGAACCAACAGUCUCAACCGCAACAGGGAGCUAGUGGAGGAUAUUAUCGGCCUCCAGGCAUUGGAUUUUAUGGGCAAACUCAGCAACCGGCCGCACCUCCCUUACCUAGGCAAUGAGAAGUACCUUUUAGAAGAAUAGGUACCUUAUCCUUUUGUAUAUUAAUAGGACGCUGAUGUGAAGCAUUUGGAAACUUCAGGAUUUAGCUUUCUAGUGUUUCCCCAGUCUUAGUGGUUAUUCCUCUUUUUAACCUUCACCCAUCACUGCUCGGAAGGUGGUUGGAGUACUAUGUACUAUGUAGUUUGUAUUAUUAACUUACGUGUGAAAAUAUUACUUAGUUCGAGGAAAUUAUGCCUACAUUGCUCUCAGCCUUCUUCCGAAGGGAGAAGUUGCAUCUAAUUUUUCUGUGCAGGUUGAAAUAUUCUGUUAGGAAUAUAGAUAGACGGGCAUCGAAGUUCAUUGGCA